GGAAUUUUAAUUCAAAAGGAUCUUGGCGAGAAAGAAAUCGAAGGAGAGAAAAAGAUCGAAAAUCUGGGUGAGAUUCUUCGCAUGAAGAGAGGAGGUGCAACUUCAUUAAUUGGAAUAAUAUUGUUUGGAAUUAUGGGUUUAAUGAAGAGGCCCCAGCCUAAAUGCAGAAGCAUGUUUCUGUGGCUUCACCUUAUAUCAGGAUUGUUGGUUGGAUGGUCCAUGGCAGGGUCAGAUGAACCUCUUGUUCUGCAAAUUGAUGAGGAGCAGCCACCUUUCACCAUCAUUGGAGAUAUCAACGCAGGUCUUCCCCCUGGACAUAUAACCAGCAGCUUCUUUAUUCAUGAGACUGAUGGCACAGGCAUGUCCUCCGAUUUAAUUAUUGAUGAAACCACAGGGAUUAUCAAAACAGCCAGAGUGUUGGAUCAUGAGUCCAGGGAUAAGUACAAGUUUGUUGCAGUAAAUUGGGGAGGUGAUGCAGUGGAGGUGGUGAUAAUAGUCAAUGAUAUCAAUGAUAACUCUCCAGUGUUUCCCAACAGUCAAAUGAAGCUGAAUGUGCCUGAACAGACACCUGUGGGAACAAGGUUUCGUUUAGAUUCAGCAAUUGAUGCAGAUGGAGGUCAAUUUAGCACACAGGGAUAUCUUAUUAAAGAUGGAAACAUUGGGCAAGCCUUUAGGCUUGAAACUAAGAGAGUUGCAGAGACACUGGACCUGGAAUUAGUGGUCAAUAAUCCUCUGGACAGGGAGAAGAAAUCCACUUACACUUUGGUGAUUGAAGCUUUUGAUGGUGGAUCUCCCCACAGAACAAGUCAGAUGACAUUGGAUGUCUCCAUAUUGGAUGUAAAUGAUAAUGCUCCAAUAUUUAAUCAGACUCGAUACUACACCAUGAUCUCAGAGAGCUUACAUCCCGGCAGCAGUCUUCUGCAGGUCUUUGCCACAGAUGUAGAUGAAGGGAAUAAUGGUGUGGUCAUUUAUGAGAUCAACAGGAGGCAGAGUGAUCCCAACCAGUACUUUGCCAUAGAUUCAAAGACGGGUGUGAUCAAGUUAAAUAAAGGAUUGGAUUAUGAAAUGAAGAAAGUUCAUGAGCUGGUCGUCCAAGCUAGAGACAAUGCCACACACCCUGAAGUAACAACAGCAUUUGUAACUGUCCAGGUCAAAGAUUACAAUGAUAACCAGCCCACACUCACCAUCAUCUUUCUCAGUGAAGAUGGCUCACCUCAUAUCUCAGAGGGAGCUCAACCUGGCCAAUUUGUGGCCAGGAUUUCUGUAUCAGAUCCUGACUAUGGAGAAUAUGCCAAAGUCAAUGUAUCCCUGGAUGGUGGUGAUGGUAAAUUUGGACUCACUACAAAGGACAAUAUUAUUUAUCUGAUCUGCGUGGACCAGGUGUUAGACAGAGAGGAGCAAGAUACUUACCAGUUGAGUGUUAUGGCAACUGAUUCUGGAACACCACCAUUGAGGGCUGAAUCCACAUUUACCAUUCAUGUGACUGAUGUUAAUGACAACCCCCCAGUCUUUGAUCACUCAGGAUAUAGACAGUCAAUUCCAGAGGUUCUGUACCCUGGAAGCUUUGUGCUACAAGUAACAGCCAGAGAUAAAGAUGAAGGCAGUAAUGGUGAAAUUAUCUACAGCAUCAUCAGCAGCCCAAAGUUUCAUUCUGAUUGGUUCACCAUUGAUCAAGCCACUGGCGUUAUUACUACAGCUGCAACUUUGGAUUAUGAAACAGACCCUGCUCCCAGGUUGACAGUGAUGGCCACUGAUCAGGGAAAUACCCCCUUGUCAUCCUCCGUCACUGUUACCAUAGUGAUACAGGAUGUUAAUGACAAUGAGCCCGUGUUCAGCAGCAAUUUCUAUAAUACGUCAAUCAAAGAAAAUGAACCAAUGGGGACUUGCUUCCUCCAGAGUGAGAUCAGCGGCCGCCUGUUCAGGCGCCGACUCGGGAUUCUGGCUGGGCUGCCGCACGUUCAGAAAUGCUCUUACUUUUAA